AUGUUGUCGAUUCCUCUCAGUGUUUUCCUCUGCGGGUGUGUAUCCCUAUAUUUCUUAUCUGGAUACAUCCGCAAUAGGGAGCUGAACCGGAAGCUGGAUGCGAUUCCAACGAUCGGUACCAGAGGCCUAUGGCCGUUCGCUUCUAUACUACACGCAUACCGGUUCCUCGUGAACGCUCGGGAGAUGUUUCAAGAAGGGUAUGAUAAGUAUCGCGGGGGGAUAUUCAAAAUACACACGUUAACCAAAUGGAAAGUUGUCGUUACGAGUCAAAAACAGAUUGAAGAUAUUCGAAAGGCUCCGGAUGAUGUACUUGAUCCUAGGGAGGCGAACGUCGAGGCCCUGGAAAUGGAUUAUACGAUGGGAAGACCCCUUCAUGACGAUCCGUAUGAGCUACCUGUCAUCCGAGGCGUGUUGACUAGGAAUAUCUCAUCGCAGUUAACGGAAGUCCGAGAUGAGGUGUUGGUUGCUUUUGAGGAGUUGUUGCCUCCGAAGGAUGAUUGGGUAACGAUAUCCCUCAACCCAACGAUGCAAAUCAUAUUGAGUAGAGUAAACAAUCGGUUUUUCGUUGGGUUGCCAGUUUGUAGGAAUCAGGAGUUUAUCGACACGACUAUCAAAUUCGCCGUUGAAAUUCCACUUUAUGGGCAGUUUAUAGCUUUGUUUCCUGAUUUUUGCAAACCAAUCAUAGGCAACAUCUUCACGGGUCUUCACAGAAGUGUUAAGCGGGCGAGGAAACAUUUGCUUCCGAUCAUUCAAGAACGGGUUCAGAAAGAGGAAGAGUAUGGGACAACUGAGUGGCCUGGAAAACCGAAUGAUUUUCUGUCGUGGUUACUUGACGCGGCUUCGGGAGCAGGAGAUCGGAGGAAGGUGGAUAACCUCGUGAUGAGAGUGUUAGGCGUCAAUUUUGGGAUACAUACGACCGGUGGCACGUUGAGCAACGUCCUGAAUUACCUCACAUUAUAUCCCGAAUACAUCCCUGACCUCCGGGCAGAGAUUGAAGCUGUCAUUGAAGAGCAUGGAUGGACGAAGGUGGCUUUGGGGAGGAUGAAGAAGCUGGACAGUUUUAUCAAAGAGGUGCAGAGAAUUAAUCCCUCUUUUUCUUUUUCGGUGGAGAGAAAAGUCUUGAAGGACUUUACACUCUUCGAUGGGACGGUUAUACCUGCAGGAGUGACACUUGGCGUUCCGGUUUUGGCUGUUCAACACGAUGAAUCGGUAUUCCCUAAUGCAAAGGUAUUCAACGGAUUCAGGUUUGCAGAGAUGAGAGAGAGAGAGGACGAAAGUACGAAGCAUCAGAUGGUCACUUCUACUCCGGAUUUCUUCCUCUUCGGGAAUGGGCAUCAUGCGUGUCCCGGAAGGUUCUUUGCAGUUACAGAACUAAAGCUUAUCCUUUCCCAUAUUUUGUUGAAUUAUGAUAUCAAGGGGGAGACUGAAGGAGGAGCAAAGAUGAAGUGGUUUGCAUUUGUUGGGUUUCAGGAUAAUAAUGCCAAGUUUUCGUUUAGGAAGAGGCGUCGGGCGUGA